AUGGAAUUCGUAUAUUUCCUUUUUCGAGUUCUUACCAUAAUACAGAUUAAUAACAGUACUAUAUUUUAUAGAUCUUUAAAAAAGUGUAGAUAUUUAAGUGAGAACAUUAAUGAAAAUGUAUUAUGGAAUAAAUUAUAUAUUGAUGAGUAUUAUGAUAAAAAUUAUGAUAUAAAUAAUAAUUCUGAUGAUAAGUAUAAAUAUGAAGAAUACGAAUCAUAUAAAAGAAUAAGAAAAAAUAAAUUGCUUAAAAAUACAGUGUUAGAAAGUAAAUUACCUGAAACAGAAUUUUCAAAAUAUAAAUUAUCAAAUGAUAAUACUAACGAAAAUGUGAAAUCUCAUUUAGACGUAAAUAAUUCACCAUCUACUUCUAGUUCUGAGAAUUACCAUGAUUCUAAGUGUAAUGAAAGUAUUAAUGGAAGUAAUAGUGACAGUAAUGAAUUGAUAGAAAAACCGUUAUCAAUUAAAUAUCCUAUAUAUAACUGGGAGUUAGGUAAAGAAUGUUUAAGUAAAUAUUUGGGACAUUCGAAAGAUUAUGUUUUAAAUGGUGUAAAAUUUGAUGAAUGGAAAUUAGUAUACCUUGAAAACAGAGAUUACAAUGAAAGAUGUGGUAGAGUUCAUAGAUUGCUUAAAACGAAUAUUUCAGUAAAUAAUGAGAAAAAAAAAAUGAAAGGGGGAUUAAAACUAUUUAUAAAAAAAGUACCUAUAGAUAUGUGGUUGAAACAAUUUGAAAUGAUGGAUACAUAUAAUGGUGAAUAUGUAUUACGUGCAGAAAAUUUUGUAAUGGAAGCAAUCGUAUUAUCUUUUUUAAGUGUUUAUCAUCCUGGUAUAUGCCCGAAAUUUUAUAAAUUAUUAUAUAAUCCGGAUAAUUAUUACACGGAUGAAAAAUUUUCAUCAAUGAAUAAUAUAACUGACAUCAAUAUAUUUAAUAAAUUAUUAAGUGAUCGUUCAAAAAUGAAUAUAAGUGGAUAUAUAUUGAUUAUAUCAGAAUCAUUUGGUGAAGAUUUAAAAAAUUAUUUAUGUACUACAAAGUAUUGGAAUAAAUCUAAAAAGAAUAAAAAAAAACUUUUAUUUGAAUCUUUAAAAUUAAUUAAUAAAUUACAUCAAGUAGGAAUAUGUCAUUUGGAUUUUACAUUAGAUAAUAUAUUAAUAUCAAAAGAUGGUCAAAUGAGAUUGUGUGAUUUUGGUAAAAGUACUCCAAUGUAUAGUUAUUAUUUAAGACAUACCAAAAAAAUGGAUAAUUUAUGUUUAUUUCAAUCAUGUAUUACUACUAUUGGUAAAACUAGCUACGUCCCUCCUGAAUGUUGGGAUUUGGAAAAACAAUUCAUAGCAAUGCAAGAAAAAUUUCCUUUUGAAUAUUUAGAACAUAUUACUGACGAACAAGAAAGGGAAAAAUAUUAUUUUGAUGUUUCUUGUGCAGAUAAAUAUAUGCUUGGAAUUGUUUUUAUAGCUAUCUGGGGUAAUGGAUUUUUAUGGUAUGUUUCAGAUCCAAUAUUAGAUAUGAAUUAUUUGAAAUUCAAACAGUGUAAAAUGGAUUUUAAUAAAGUAUGGACUACAUAUUUUUGGCCUAAAAAAUUGAAGAAAAUACUAAGGAAUUUAUUGGAUUUGGAUUGUAGAAAAAAGUUAAAUUUAAAUGAAUUGGUUAAUGAUCCUUGGUUUACCAAAUAA